AUGCACCCCUUUUCCGUCCUCACCCUUGGGAUCUUCGUCGCGGGCUAUAUCACCGCUAGGUGGGACCUUGUUACCCGUCUGUACGAAUUGGCCAUCUUCGCCUGGGAUCACGGUGUCGUGACGCGAACUGCGAAGGGCUUCAUUUUGCUCUCCGUCUUCUUUUUUCUCCUCGUCCUGCCGAUAAAUCAUCUUGCGGCCAAGGAGGGUCAAUUGGGGUUGGAACUUUACGCCGUCGAGGCUCGUUCUGAGACUCAGGUGGAGGAUGACAAUAUGCUCAUGAGUGAUGGAUUGCUGCGAGUAUUUUGGCCAUAUGAUCUCCCGCGAUCCUCGUCCCCAGGUGUGAUUGUCGGCUGGCGGAACUCGGAGCUUGAUCUGUUCGUGCUCACGGUGUUAGAAGAUGUCGAGUCUCGCAAUGUCGAUAAUGCUCUCCGGGCGGGCAUCCUCUUUCGGAAUAGCCCUCACCCGAUCGUGCGCAUCUUCACUCUUUGUGGACGCUCGCAAAUGCAUGUUCUUGGCUCGACUAACUCCCGCGAGCCUUCCACGGCGUUCAACUCUUCCCACCUUGAGGUUAAUACAAUGCCACCCGCGAAGGCUCCGCGCAUCUUCUGCCCGCCGGAGGCAAAUCUCUCUGUUCAGGUUGUCAUGUACCACCGUCCUCACCCAACGCGCAUGGAGUAUAUGUCGUUAAAUCCGAUCUCUCUGGCUUUGGGUGACAAAACGUCAAAGACGGAAAUAUGGGGGCCUUCUUCCGAUGAUGUUGAAAUGGAAGAAGAGGGACACAAGGCUGGGCCAAAGCUGUUGGUCGAGAAGCUUAAGCUGCAUACAGUUGUCAAGCAUAUUCCAUCACAGAAGGAGCAAGCCCUCCCGCUAAUCGUCAACCAGAUCAAUUGUGCCUAUGAGAUGGGGCAGCUCAUGCACAAAAACAGCCAUCUGAUCGGGAUUCGUGCAAAGAGAAGCAUGAGUGUCGGAGAACGUGUUGUUGAAUCGGCUCAAAGCUUGUGGGGAUUCAUUGUCGUCUGCAUCGCCCACGUUUUCUGGCAAUGGAUCUGGCCCAUCGUCACUCGAGUAUUCGUCAUUGGGCUUGUGGGCCAUCGUUCCGUUGCAGAAAUCGUCCUGCAGGUUCUCGAGUGGCGUGCUCGACCUGAUGCGGCUGCUAUCAAGGAUAUCUCGGCAACAGCCCAGCAGGUCGAUAUACGGUUGCAGCAAUUUUGCUACUGGCCAAUUCAAUACGUCAAGCUUCGGCAAAGAAAGGAUAAUUGGGAAAGUGUGACGACCAGUCAUCCAGACUAUAUUCGGUUCUACAACAGUUUGUGGCUUGUUGCCAAUGAUGUGAUCAUUGGAAUUGCCUUGGGGUCAUACAUCAUUGAUAAUGCCAAUUGGGUCGCUUCACAAAUCAACACUGUCUUGACCGGCUGGACGGUGGAAGGAUUACAGCGUACCAUAUCGUGGCUAAUGGAUUGGCCAGCCGGCUUGAAACUCAACAAUGAGCUUGCAGCAUUCCUUGGUGACCUCUUCCUGUGGGUCAUUGAGAAUUGGGCAGCUUGCAUUGCCAACAUUCAACCUUACCUUCCUGCUGUCAUCUACAUUGUCGGAUGCUCAAGCUUUGCAGGAGCUAGCAUGCCGAUUGCUCUGUUCUCCGACCUCCUAUCGAUUCUGACGGUCCACAUCUACUCCUUCUAUAUUGCCUCCGCUCGUAUUUUCAACUGGCAACUCACGAUUAUCAUCUCUCUUUUCCAUCUGUUCCGUGGAAAGAAGCGCAAUGUCCUUCGCAAUCGAAUCGAUUCAUGUGACUAUGACCUCGAUCAACUCCUUCUGGGCACAAUCCUUUUCACAGUCCUGUUCUUCUUACUACCAACAGUAGUGGUGUUCUACUUGACCUUUGCCUCGGCCCGGAUGUUGAUCAUUUCAAUGAAGGCAGGGCUUGACACCUGCCUUGCAUUCUUGAAUCAUUUCCCACUUUUCGCAUUAAUGCUCCGCGUGAAAGACUCGCGGCGGCUUCCAGGAGGGAUUCAAUUUGAGCUGCGGGAUGAACCAAACAAAAGCCCUGAUAACCCCGACUCAUCGGCGCGGGUUUCAUAUAUCCAUCUCGAGUCUAUACCACUUCCACUGCGUGCAAUGUUCGACCAGUAUUUCCAGUUGGGCCACCGGCUCCGAAAACACUAUCUCGCGCCUCGCGUCAUCUUCUGCUUGGUGACAGGCCGCUUCGUGCCGCCCAUUCACCGUCGCAACCUCUAUAGCAUGCAGUAUAGCAUGUUACCUGCUCGCCGGGCAAGUAUGGCAGAGGUAUGGGCAUUGCUCACGCAGACGAAAAAGGGCAACGGUGGAAGCAGUGGCGCUGGGUCCAUGGGUGGAGGGAGUAGUUCCAUGAGCACCUCGGUGCCUAAGGUCCCGGCCAACUUCGGUCAAGGUGAUCUUCGGAGACGGGGUCAUCGCUGA